UUUCUUCCUUUUGUUGGUAUGUUACAGAAGUGUGUAUUGAGAUUUUUGAUGUUCUCCCAGGAUAAUCAAUACUUAUAUUGUGUCAGAUACUUCCUUGAAGAGCUUGAAUGACUCGUUGUAUUUGUUCUUAUUUUUAUCAUUUGAUUAGCAGUUAAUAGAAGACGUUUCUGUUGCGUAACAGAAAAUGAAAUAAAAAAUUGCUAUUUCCUGAGUCUUUGUAUUCCCCGCUGUACCUGGGAGACAUUUGUAUUCAAAAGCUGGUGUGCUGUUCACGUGCUCCAUUGGCAGGCUCUCUGCUCCCUGCCUCUGAUUCCAGUCAGCUGUGCUAUCAGCAGUUUAGCAGAUAAGCACAUCUUAGUUUAAGUAGUGUGAUAAAUGGCUGUAACCCUUGCCAGUACCAGCCUGUAAUGUUGUGUGUCCUGUGCCAGCUAUUUAACUACUUACUCAUUUUGGAUGUUACUGUGGAGCUUGGAGAGCAUCUGUGCUGAUGCAGAUUUAUACUUGGUUUUGUGAAUAACGAUGAAAAGUAUGUAUGCUCUCUGCAUCUUUGAAGGACACGUCUGUGAUGAGAAAAAACAAUGGCUGUUUAAAGAAAAGGCAGUUUUGGUUUUGAAGGGUGCAACUUGCCUGUAUUCUGAUGUGUAGGGAGAUGUUUUGCAAACAUGGCUGAGCUGUGCUCCUGUUCCUCAUUCCUGCUGUUCUCAUCACCAGGAUCUGAAUUGAUGGCUUUCCACUUGCAUGGCUUUGUGUCACUGCACUGGGGGAAAGCACAGCCAGCUGCCUCCUCUGCUGUGGAGCAGGAGCCCGGAGCAGGGGGGAGAUGUGUUCCAGUGUCAGACUAAUUGUGAGCUGUAAAACAGAGGACAACUGGUCAGACCGGUUACACAGAGUCCUGUCACGGCUGCAGAAGGUGUCACAGGACAGUGACAGAGCUUUUCUCAUGCUGCCCUAAAUGGAUAGCAGUCAUUCAUGGCAUGUGGGCAAGCAGGCUUGGGCUGGGCCACUCUGAGUGCUGCUUUGAGAAGUUCCUGUGGCUCAGGCAGCAGAAGGGAAUGGCACGUCAGGGGGAGGCAAACAUCACACUUCUGCCCUGUCGGCAAGAUGAUGGUCAGGCCCAAGGAAGGAGCAGAGCAGGUGGUUGAAGGUAGAAUCUUUGCCAAACAGUGCAAGAACCCAGCACUUUGCUGUCACUCAACACACUGUGUGCUUGUUUGAUGUUUAAGCAUAUUACAUAAGCCAGUUCACUUGCUUCAGUCAAGAUUUGCCUUUUUUGAUUGUUUUUGAUGCCUUCUGAAGACAUCAUAAGAGGCACUAAACUAUUUUGUUUACUUAAUGCAGUAUACAUAACCUUAGUACAUCCCUGAUUUUGAAAAAGUCAUUUGUAAGAAUGAGUGGAGUAAUUCAAGAUGGAUAUUAAACCUGGGGAGGCAUGGAGCUCCUGUCAGGUGGUGUCCAAAUACCAUCUGGAGCUUGAUGGAUUUGUGUGUUUGAUGGGAAACAGUCAAAUAUUAGCAUGUUUCAUGUCAACUGGCUACUGCUAGACUGAUUGAUUCUUCUCUCACACAAAAUGUUUUGCUUCCAAACCAUGAGCCUUUUCUGUAAUGACAUCACUGCAGUUUUCUGUCUCUGGCAUUAUACGGGAAGCAGCUGUUAUGUUCAGUUGCCUGAUAGGCAGAACAAACUUUGAAUAUUCAGGAGAUAUUUGAAUAUCAGUGUGAAUUUGCAUUGACAGCUGCUCCACAUGAGUUCUUUGUCUGCACGUUUCUAGUGUGAAAAUAAACUGUGAUCCUGUGAUUAAUUAUUUAAUUUCAGUUAGGGAGUUAGUAAUUAGAACGUAGAAGCUACUAUUAUUCAUUGACAGUAGGGGGAAAAAAAUGUAUGUAUGUCAUGAGCAGGUGCAGAUAGAUUUGGGCAGAUAAGACUAAAUCCAAUGUAUUGGAAUCAUAAAGACUGAGAACUUAAUGUGGUAAAUUAUAUUCUAGGUACCACUGAAAAUUAAAGUACAACUGCAGGGAACACUGAAUCAUCAUAAUUUACUUUUCAUGCUUUACCUGAUUUGUAUAAUCAUUACUCAAAUUCCUCAUGUGUUUGAUAUAAAACCUACACUUUAUUUAUGAUUAAUAAGAACUAAGUUAUUUGAAUAUGGAGUCAGUGGCUCUUUUUUUUCUCUGUGACUGAGUGGUGCAAAUAAUUGUAUUUCUGCUUCCAUGUAGAUUAGUCUGUAAUACUAAUUCACAGUAUUAUUUACAGAAGGAAGUAACACAAUAAAAAGAAAACUGAGUGACCUUCCUAAUGUACUCUUAAACAGGGCUGUAUUUUUCACUUGUUGCUUCCAUAUGGAGAUAAAUACUCUGCAGUUUGCUGACUGGACUGGAAACAACCAACAUGGCAGUUCAUAUAUCCAAUUUUACCACUCCCUUUCUUGUGGUACUGCAGCAGCUGGGCAGUCACAAGCAGGUUUGAGGCAGUAGUACAUCAAACAACUGCGUUUUGGGAUGUUCUGUAAUACUUCAGAAGGUACUUUAAAAAGGGCUUAAAAUGAGGUAAAAAAAAACAACCCUCUGAUCAUUCCAGAGAAAGCAUUAUCAAGAACUUUGACUAGAGUAACUACUAGAGAAAAAAACAGUUCCUCAGCUUUAUGCUAAUACAAUAUCUUUUACAGCUGAGUGUGAAGUGGAUUAUAAACUUCUUGUGACAAGAGGGAACAGAUACUAGAAGGUGAAUUUUUGUCUCUUAACUGCAUAAUUGGCAAAUUAUCUUAUGAUUAUUGAUUGUUUAAAGUGCACUAGUCUGAAAGCAUUGCUUUUUAACAGCAUUUUAAUUAAGUAGGAACUAAUGUGUUCUGCAACUAUCAAAUUGAAUACUUUUUCUUGCAGUUAAGUUCACUUUUACUUUCACAUUGAGACUGUCAGUUGGAUUUGUUUUGUUUGAGACUAAUAGUAGUACAUUGUGACCUUUCUUUACUAGCAGAAGUUAUCAAAGGAUAGAUGGGUUCCAAAAGAGCAUUUGUUUGGACUGCACAAACCAAGUGGUGGGAUUUGCUGGUUCCAGUGUUGACCUGAACAUAAAUCUUUUGAAGCAAAGGGUAAUCAGGGAUUUUAUUAACACCAGAGAAGAUCUGUUUGUAGAAUGGGGAAUCCUUGUCACAUUGUACAGACUCUCUCAUUUCCCCAUCUCUAUGCUUGUUUGUACCUCUCCCUUACCAGUUGCGUUCUGGUUCCUGCUGAUUUGUGCUAGCUUAGAGGCUGUAGCAUUGGGAAUGUUUUUCACUUGGAAACCACAAGAGGAAAAGUUGUUUGCUUGUUACUUAGAAAAUGUGUGAUUCUCCUUUGCUGAUUUGUGACUCUUGUCCAGUUGUGAUAUGCUGCAUGCUCAGUUUUCCAUGUGCUUCCCUCUUGUUGAUUGAAGGCCAGGUGUAGCCCAGCUGUGGGUUUCAGGUACUUGUGGGAGGUGUUUUGUGGGAUUUCCUGGUAGAAAGAGCUGGGCUGGAGCUGCUUUUUGUGCCUAACGGUGAAAGGUGACAGUGGUAGCCAUUGGUGACAGCCUAUUGGGAUUCAUAAACGCCACUGUUUUAACAAUGUGAGCCUCAGUAGUAAGGCAGCACUCUGGAGGAGUGGAGUGAAGCCAGACAGCACAAAGGAGUUUCCUUUCAGGCUGAGGCAAAGGGAGGAGCAUGGAGCAAGUACCUGAGUGGCUCAGAUGGUCUGGCUGCAUAAGGGAGAGCUGAACAAGUCAGAAAGCAAGGAUGGAAACAAGUUUGAUGUGGCAAAUUUCCCAAAGAAGAUUAUGGAGGAAUAUUCAACAGAAAUGCAGAGCACACUGGAGCCAGUCAAUCUGUCAGAUGAUGCCUCUUUCAAGUCCCCAGAUAAUUGUAAGGCUGAUAAAACACCUGGAAUAGAGGAGUGCCCAGGCACUGGAAGUGAUGCUGGUGGCUUGGAGAGGGAAUCGAGUUCCCUGCCCUCGGAUCAGGAUGCAGCAGCUGUUGGCACCAGCAGCAGUGGGCCCCCAGCAGAAAGACAGCAGCAGUGUGGAGGGGCAGACUCCUCUGCAAGUGCCUCCUGUGAAAGAAAGGCAGAAGGCUCCACAAAACCAGAACAUCUACCUAGUGAAGAACAUGAACCACAAGAUCCAGAAACUAACCAGACAGAACAAUCAUUAAUGGAAAUAUUACAGGAUCUAAGGGAGGAGCCUGACUUUGUGAAAAAAUCAAGUGAUAAAAUCUAUUCAGAAAGCCCUUAUGACACGGACUGCACAAAGAAACUUAUUUCCACAAUACAUCAGACUUCCUCACAGGAGGAUUUGCUAAAGGAAAUAGAGUCUGAACUGUUAUCCACAGAUUUCUCAAAAGAACCAAAGCUCCCCAAUGGUGUGCAGAAGGGUGAACAUGCCUUGGCUGUGUUUGAAAAAUGUGUACAAGAUAAAUACCUGCAGCAAGAACAAACUAUUACAAAAUUGAUUAAAGAAAAUAAAAAGCAUCAGGAACUGAUUUUGGAAAUUUGCUCAGAAAAGGACAACUUAAAAGAUGAAUUGAAAAAAAGAACAGAAACAGAAAAGCAGCACCUCAGCAUUAUUAAACAGCUGGAAGCAAGAAUAGAAGAGCUUAAUAAAGAAGUGAAAGUUAGCAAAGACAGACUUGUAACUCAAGAUGCAGCAGCCAAAAAUACUAUUCAGCAGUUGCACAAAGAGAUGGCCUUUCGAAUGGAACAGGCAAACAAGAAAUGUGAGGAAGCUCGCCACGAGAAGGAGACAAUGGUGAUGAAAUACGUCCGCGGGGAGAAGGAGUCGCUUGACCUCCGCAAGGAAAAGGAGGGCCUUGAGAGAAGACUGAGAGAUGCAAACAAAGAAAUAGAAAAGCUUACAAAUAAAAUCAAACAACUCUCUCAGGAAAAAGGAAGAUUGCACCAGCUCUAUGAAACAAAGGAUGGUGAAGCCACUCGACUCAACAGAGAAAUAGAAAAAUUGAAAGAAGAAAUCAAUUCUCAUGUUAUCAAAGUAAAAUGGGCUCAGAACAAAUUGAAAACAGAAAUGGAUUCACACAAGGAAACCAAAGAACGCCUCAAAGAUGCAAUGACAAAAUUAACUGAAGCAAAAGAAGAAGGAGAUCAGAUAAGGAAAAACUGUCAAGAAAUGAUAAAAUCAUAUCAAGAGUCAGAAGAAAUCAAAUCAAAUGAAUUGGAUGCAAAAUUCAGAGUUACUAAAGGAGAACUAGAGAAACAAAUCCAGGAGAAGUCUGAUAAUCUGGAGGUGCAUCAUGCAAAAAUAAAAGAACUGGAAGACUUGAAGAGAACUUUUAAGGAAGGCAUGGAUGAGCUUCGAACACUGAGAACAAAGGUAAAGUGUCUAGAGGAUGAGCGCUUAAGAACAGAAGAUGAGUUAUCCAAGUAUAAAGAAAUUAUAAAUAGGCAGAAAAGUGAAAUUCAGAAUUUGCUGGACAGAGUCAAAACUGUAGAUCAGCUGCAGGAUCAGCAUCAGAGAGAUGAACAAGAAAUCAAUGCUUUAAAGGAAGAAAUAGAUGGUUUCAAUUCUCUGGUUGCUGAUCUUCAGAAGGACAUUGAAGGUAGUCGGAAAAGAGAAUCUGAGCUAUUGAUAUUCACUGAGAAAUUAACCAGUAAGAAUGCACAGCUUCAGUCUGAAAACAAUUCCUUACAGAGCCAGUUGGAUAAGCUUUCUUACAGUGAAAGAGAGCUGCAGAACCAGCUGGAGUGUGUUCAACAGACUAAAGAUGAUCUGGCCAUCAGGUUACAGAAGGAGGAGGAUCAGCGAAAGUCAGAGGUUGAGGCCCUGCAGGCUCAGCUGGCCUCAGAGCAGGAAGAGGUGUCAGCCCUGAAGACCCACGUGGAUGAGCUGAAGGAUGACCUGGCUACCCAGAAGCGCAAGCACGCAGCAAACCUGAAAGACCUCACAAAACAGCUUCAGCUAGCACGGAGGAAAUUGGAUCAGAUGGAAAAUGGUAAUUAUGACAAAGAAGUCAGCAGCAUGGGGAGCCGUUCCAGUUCAUCAGGGUCCCUGAACGCGCGCAGCAGCACCGAGGAUCGCUCCCCUGAGAACACUGGCUCUGCAGCGGCUGUGGACAGCUUCCCAGAGGUGGACAAGGCUGUCUUGGUUGAAAGAAUACUAAGGCUGCAGAAGGCACAUGCUCGAAAAAAUGAGAAGAUGGAGUUUAUGGAGGAUCACAUUAAACAGCUGGUGGAGGAAAUCAGGAAAAAAACCAAAAUUAUUCAGAGUUACAUUUUGCGGGAAGAAGCCGGAACGCUGUCAUCAGAGGCCUCUGACUUCAACAAAGUACACUUGAGCAGGCGUGGGGGGAUCAUGGCAUCUCUGUAUACAUCUCACCCUGCAGACAGUGGGCUCACCUUGGAACUCUCCUUAGAGAUAAACAGGAAGCUUCAGGCUGUGUUAGAAGAUACAUUACUGAAGAAUAUUACAUUGAAAGAAAACCUGCAGACUCUAGGAACAGAAAUAGAACGACUUAUUAAACACAAGCAUGAACUGGAACAGAGAAUAAAGCAGACAUAACUGAAACUUCUGGGGACUACCCAACAUGAAGAUGCAGGAAAGGCAGGUGCUACAGACCACUGUUUUACAUUCUGCCUGCCAGCACAAGCAUCUGGGUUUUUGCAGAAGAAGCCCUUGGCCCCACAGGCUCACUCAUGUGAGAGAUAACAGAGUUUGGCAUCUGUGUGGUUCUGUCUACCCAGGACCAGCCUGAGGCACUGCUGAAAUUCACUGCACACUACAUUUAUCUGAAACUUGUAUUUGAAAUACAGAUGCUUUGCAGUGCAGACUGUUUGGAGUGAGUUGCCAUGAGAUUUUAAUUUCUGCACUGUGUAAUUAAUCAGUCGCUUAAUGAUGGAGCUUGAAAAAAAAAUAAAGCAAUUAUGUCUUAGUUGCUAUUGAACAUAUCCAGUGUUACUGAGCUUUAAGGGCUUUAAGACAUUUAUUUCCUUUCUUGCAUAUUAUUUCUGAUCUUUGGGUUGAUUAAGCAUUUUUGACAUAUGCAUGGAAUAAUGCUUUGUUACAAAAUUUUGGGGUUUAAGUGGUGACCAUGAUAUUGCAUAUUUUCUGCUUUAGAUUAACAUUCAGCUGGUCAAUUUCUUUAUUCCAGAGGAGCGAAACAACAGUAAAACUAAGGAAUUAGAAAGUGUUCUGAUUCAGUUCUUGAGUUCAUGUAGUUGAAAUCAAUGUCAGUUCAGCAAAUUUUGUAAACCCUUGAUCCUUAGACAUAUGGAUCAAAAGAAGUCUGAUAUCAGAUAAUUGGUUAAUAAAGUUCUCUGGGCUUCUGCAUAACUAACAGCAUUUAAGGAGUUUUAAGCUGCCCAUUGUAAAUCUAUGUAAGUACAUGUAGGCAUGGUGAUUGCAUCUGUUUUCAAAGACAAGUGGAAGCCAAUAAAUUUUCUCAUUAGCUGUGGCUAGACCAACUAGUGACAAUAAUGGUAAGAAAUAGAUCUAAAUGUGAUUUUAAUGUAUUGUUGGACUGUGAAAGUAGCACAGAAAUCUGUGCAACUGCUUGAUUUUACUGUUGUGAAGAAUUAGUUGGUGAAAAUAACUGAAAACUUUUACUUAGUCCUUCAGUGGCUGAGAGGGUGAUGGAGGAAGAGUAUCAAGGUGACAAGAUUUGGGUUUGUCACAACAUCAUGUUCACAUUUUAAUUCCAGGAUAAGUAAUAUACAGGAUCUGAAAUAUCUUUAUUUCAGCAGUAAAUGCAUAGUUUCUGUAUCUAUCACCUUUUGACCAAAAUCAAUUGAUCAGAUCACCGUGUAAAUACAUACUUCAGGUUUUUAUUAAAUACUUGAACUUCGUAUUGCCAUGAAAAGAGUCAGUGUACAUUUACAAUAGCAAUGCUUUAGCUACUUUAAUCCAAAAGGGGGGUGUGGGGAGAAUCUGUCUUACUGCAGGUACUGUUUGCAUCGUACACCAAACGAGGGACCUGAAUUUGGCAGCACGGAGGGGGAUAAUUGAUCAGACAUCUGGGUGGCUUAGGGAUGUGAACUCCAUUUCCACUUGUCACUGAGUUGCCUGAGCUUUGUAAUGAAACAAAUGGAGCAAAAGAGCCCAAUUUGGUUUGAAUAGUUUGGCCCAAGACAGUGGGACUUCCUUGUUAGUUUAAAGAUAGGUAUCCCUGAAAGUCCUCGUGGGAUCAAGUCCUGGUUUGUGGUCCAGAGAGCUCCAAGAGUCUGGGAUGGCAGGUCCCUUCAGUGUCAAAGGAUUAAGUAUUCCUUUGGAAAGGGAGAAUGGGAGCAAAUAGUUUAAAACCUGAGCAAGUAUUAUAUAGAAGCUGCAAGCCUUUAAUCUGGGUGGGUUUUUAUACAUCUAUUUUUCUAAUUCCUGAGAGCAAUGGUUGUCUGAAAUGUUAGGAAAUUUGGGCCAGCCCAGUCAUAGGACUACUGCUUUACUGUUGUUUUAAGUGAUGUGAAGAGGCAAAUAGCUGGCUCUGCUGAAACAGAUUUGUCACAGCUUCCAGGAAGCAAACAGACAGUUGUUCAUGACUGAGCUUGGACCUUCUGCUGAGAGAAAGUACUUUAGAACAAUUUGCAUGCUAUAACAUAGCUUAGCUCUUGUAUGUUUGUGUUUUCAUGCUUUAAUGUACCAGAUCUCUGGAUGUUUUCAGGCAUCCAGCUGAAUGAUUCCAGUAUUUUAGAUACCAUGUUAAUAUUGUAAUCUUUUAAUGUAUGUUCUCCAGGUGUACAGUGUGAAUGAAGGAGGGGUGUGGUGCAGAUGGAAUCAGUGCAAUGGCUUUGUGGAAAUUCUUAUUUCUUUUUGGCAUGGUUGUUCUCCUUUUAGGUUGAGAAACCUAUUUAGCUGUCCUCCUGCCCUGCUGAAAUGCUGCUGGCUCUUUGUAGCACUAAUAACUUCUCAGACUUUUAUUUUUUCCUUGGUUAUGGAGACACACAAAGCAGCCAAAAUACCACGUUGUUUUUUUGUGUACGGUGUUUUCAUGGACCAAAGCUGUCAUCCACAGGUGUUAUUUUAAACAUAUCCGUUAGAGAUGAAAAAGUCGUUCUGGCUUGCACAUUGGCAAGUGGCUCUCCAGUCAGCCUGGGGUGUGAUGAGUACCUGAUGGGGUCAGCCAGCAACUUGGCACAAGGAUGUUCCUCCUUUUUGAGAGGCAGUGAUGUAUCAGCCAUGAAAUGUUGCUGGCUCUGUUCCCAUGGGGUGGCUUGUCAGCAGUGUGAUGCUGCUGGUGCAGUACUGAGAACACUUUCUGUGGAAAGGUGUUUCUGUGGGGUGGCUCACACAGGUGAGCACCAGCUGGUGCAGAGUGGGUGUGAGCCUUGUGUAGUGAUCUCAUCCCACUUACUCCUGUUUUGGAAAUUGUGUUAUGGACCUGAAACUGAAAACUGUCCUCAGAUAAACGGAAUUUUUGAGACAAACUGGUGAAUUCAUAAACUAAUCAUGAAGGCAGCCUGGAGCCUGUCACUGAAAUUCAGUGUCCCUUAGACAUGGAAUUGCCACAGGCUGCUUUUGAAAAUUCCAGGCUUGUGGCUAGUUGUGUCUUACAAGCUUAAACAUCUGUUUCUUAAAUACUCAGGGUGCUCUUUUCAUUCAAACAUCGCACAAACAGAUGUUGUUAGAGGCCCUACAAGAAAGCUGCCUAUGCUUUUCCACCCUCUGUAAAAUCCAGCACUGUCAUUGUCAGAAGCCAGACCCUCUGACCUGAAGAAUACAUCUUUGUGCUACAGAAAUCACUGGCUUGCUGCCAUACAGACUUGUGCAAUAUUUUUAAUUAUAGUGUCCAGAAAACUGGAGAUUGAUUUCUUCCUUGAACAUUUUCUCAUUAUCUUCACUUGUUGCUGGCAACACCUGUAGUAUCUCUCUUAAAAUAUUUUUAAUUGCAACGUUUUGGUUCAUAGCUAAAAAAGAAAAAUUUAAAAAUAGUAUGUCUGGCUUCCAGUGCAUCCAGUGUAAACCUGAGUGUCCACGUGCUGCAGAGUCCUGAAUCUGGGGAGGGGUUCAGAGGGCACGGCCUGUCCCAAGGGGCCCUCACCCUUCCUGUGCCAGGCACUGUGACGGUGAACACCAGCAGUAGGUGGCACAAGGAAUCAGGUGUACCCUGUCUCACCUAUCCAGGGACAGGUGCCUGUGUUGCAGAGGGAGCUGGGUGGUAUUUAGAGCUUUUCCAGAUGGAUGGGUGUUUCCUUCCCAUUUUCGUGUUCUAACUGAAACCGUUGAUUCUUCCAAUCUAUGUGUGUAAGUCCUGUACACAGAAUGUCUUGUUGAUUUCAUUUUGUAGAUACCAGUUUCUGUAUAAAGUUUUCAAAGGUAUUGCUAUACCUUAUGUAUAUACUGUACUUUGAAAUAAUAAACAUACAAAUGUAUGA